GGGUCGGGCGCGCCCCCUCGGCCCGGCCCGCCGCCCCCGGCCCGGCUCGGCCCGCGCCAUGGCCGCCGAGGGCAGCAAGCAGUUCUGGAAGAGGAGCGCCAAGCUGCCGGGGAGCAUCCAGCCGGUGUAUGGAGCACAGCACCCUCCACUGGACCCUCGGCUCACGAAAAACUUCAUCAAAGAACGGUCAAAAGUCAACGCAGUUCCUCUGAAGAGUAAGAAGGCCUCCAGUUUUCACGAAUUUGCUCGGAACACCAGUGAUGCUUGGGACAUUGGCGAUGAUGAAGAAGAGGACUUUUCCUCCCCUUCUUUUCAAACUCUGAACUCAAAAGUUGCUUUGGCAACUGCGGCCCAAGUCCUGGAAAACCACAGCAAGCUAAGGGUGAAGCCAGAACGGUCCCAGUCCACGACAUCUGACAUCCCUGCUAACUAUAAGGUCAUCAAAUCCAGCAGUGAUGCCCAGCUGUCACGGAAUUCCAGCGACCCCUGCCUGAGGAACCCGCUCCACAAACAGCAGUCCCUCCCGCUCCGGCCCAUCAUCCCCCUCGUGGCCCGCAUCUCAGACCAGAACGCUUCGGGGGCGCCUCCGAUGACUGUGCGCGAGAAGACGCGGCUAGAAAAAUUCCGUCAGCUUCUUUCCAGUCACAACACUGACUUAGAUGAACUGAGGAAGUGUAGCUGGCCAGGGGUGCCCAGGGAGGUCCGGCCUGUGACCUGGAGGCUCCUGUCGGGCUACCUCCCAGCAAACACAGAGCGGAGGAAACUGACGCUGCAGCGAAAGCGGGAGGAAUAUUUUGGCUUCAUUGAGCAGUAUUACGACUCCCGAAAUGAGGAGCACCAUCAGGACACCUACAGACAGAUCCACAUCGACAUUCCAAGGACGAACCCUCUCAUUCCGUUGUUUCAGCAGCCGCUGGUGCAGGAGAUCUUUGAAAGAAUCCUCUUUAUCUGGGCUAUCCGACACCCUGCCAGUGGCUAUGUCCAGGGAAUCAACGACCUGGUCACUCCGUUCUUUGUCGUCUUCCUCUCAGAAUAUGUGGAAGAGGAUGUGGAGAACUUCGACGUGACCAAUCUGUCUCAGGACAUGCUGCGGAGCAUUGAAGCCGACAGCUUUUGGUGCAUGAGCAAACUUCUGGAUGGGAUCCAGGAUAACUACACCUUCGCACAGCCGGGGAUCCAGAAGAAGGUCAAGGCCCUGGAGGAGCUGGUCAGCCGGAUCGAUGAGCAGGUACACAAUCACUUCAGGAGGUACGAGGUCGAAUACCUGCAGUUCGCCUUCCGGUGGAUGAACAACCUGCUGAUGCGGGAGCUGCCUCUGCGCUGCACCAUCCGCCUGUGGGACACCUACCAGUCUGAGCCAGAGGGGUUCUCCCACUUCCACCUGUACGUCUGCGCAGCCUUCUUGGUCAAGUGGAGGAAGGAGAUCUUGGAUGAGGAGGACUUUCAGGGACUCCUCAUGCUGCUACAGAACCUCCCGACCAUCCACUGGGGGAACGAGGAGAUCGGGCUGCUGCUCGCCGAGGCCUACAGACUCAAGUACAUGUUCGCCGACGCCCCGAAUCACUACCGCCGAUAGGUGCUGCUCCCGCGGGACCCCGCAGUCUGAUCACUGUGGCCU